AUGACAAUUUUGCAUUGUAACCCAUUCCGUUUCAGGAAGGAACUUAGCGUAUCGGUUGGUAGAAAACAGCCAGCAGAGUUCCCCACCGUCUAUUUAGAUCUGAGGGACUCCGUUUUAAACUCAGCUACAGAUGAGGGACCCGGGAAACCUGCCGAGACGAGCGAGAACACAGAGAGAGAGCCGCGUGAUAAGUCAGAACUAACAGGUAAAACCCUGCUGCUACGCCAGCUCCGUCAAAGAAAGAGCGCCCCAUCUACAGACUUUCCCAACCCCAACAUCGCACCGACGGAACCUGCCAGCGAUCAGCAAGAAAACAUAGAUACGUCUUUCACUACCCAGAUCCAGAAAAAGAGACGACUAAAGUCUGACAGCAUGGACAGUCCCAAAAUCCACGCAGAGCUGGAGGAGAAAAUCAUUUCAGGAGACAGAGAACAGGAGGACAUGUCUCUCAUACGUCCUCAACCAUCUCCUGCCAACAUCCAAGAGAUCUCCUGUGCAGAGGAACCAGAACAGAAAGAAAAGCAGGAAAAGGAGAAGAGAAGCCGUCGGAGGAUGCAGACACAGCUCGAAGGCCUGAAACCUCGAAAUUCCGUAAACGGCCGCCAACCGAUGGCCGAGGAGACCCCUGUGCUGUUUCAUCCGGAAGCCUCGUACGGUCCAGAGGUCAGCGCGUUACCUGCCUCAUCGAACAGUGGCGCUGAGAUGGUUCUCCUAACAGUGUGGCUGUCCAGCUGCGGACAGAUCAUCAUCCCGGGACAGCACGGCGGUCGCUCUCCGGACUCUGCCCUCUCCUCCGCCAAUGCCUACCACGUUUUGCUCACCUGGCUCCUCUCCUUGGUACCAGCCUUAACACCUCAGAACAGAGGGGUUGUCCCCUUUCACGUGCUGGGACUACAGCAAGUGUGGAGAGAAGAAGGACUGGCCCUUUACGCCUGCUUGGCUCCGCCGGACACGCGGGCGAUUAGUAGCCCCAGGAUCCGUAAACGAAAGGGUAAAGAAGAUUUCCGAGGUAUGUCCGGUUUCUACCAGCACGUGUCGCUCUUCCUGGCGCAGAACACCUUGCAGAGUGUCGCCUGGUGGAUCGAGGGGGUGACCUAUCGCUUGCAGAAACAGCACGCUUCCCUGCAUCUUGAAGUUCCACCUGUCAAGCUAAGCAACAUCGUGACUCUUAAUUCUACUACAGAGGCGGUGGAGAAAGCUUUCUCAUCAGCCUCUGGAUUCUUCUGGCAGACAUGGGAGACAGAGGAGAAGCUGAGUCCCCUCACCCUCGAGACAAACACAGAUAACGAGACAGAGGUGCUCUCUGUCACCUUAUUCGAUUCUCUGCUAAGAGACCCCAUCGCGUUUCACCAUGCCCUGCACCUCAUUCUGAUGAAAGGACUGGAUGUUUGUGGCUUAAGAUUGCUUUACCCGGAAGACGCUCUUCUUCGUACUGUUAUAGAUACCCUUCCUCCAUCCUACACCAAGAAAGAUGUACCAACCCCACCGGUUAUGGCGUUAGCUCUGCGGGGACGUCAUACGGGAGACGUGUGGGGUGAUAUAUCAGGUCCGUGUGACCCCAAACUGGCCAGGCUGACGGAUCGACAUUCUCUCCACGCUCUGUACGGCUCCAGUAGAGAGGAACCCAUCCUACGGUCUGCACGAGGCUCCGGGCGGCUUAUGCGGGAUCUCAGCCUUUGGUUUGGGGGCAGGAUAUCCCACUCGGGUAAUGUGAACGUUGGCAUCCAGAACCCACCUGCAAGAAGCACAGACACAUGCCGGCCCCCUGCGCUACUAACAGCCACCAUUAAGGGAGAUGUGUUUCUGGUCGUGUCUCCAAUCGUCCCUCCAUGUGCUUACGGAGAUGUGAUAGACAUUUGUGUUUGCCGAGGAUUCGCUGUGUACGGGGUCCGGAGAGUCCGCCUUUCUGCGAAACGCGUGGCCAUGAUGAACAUGUCAGCCAAUCAGGUGUCCAUCUUCUGCCCAAACGCACCUUCGGAGCAGCUGCCGUCACAUCCUAUCCUUCACUGCCUGAUGCUUCUCUUGAGGAAGGAGAACGCCUGCCACAACGUCCCAGGACUCAUACACGGCUUAACGAAUGGACUGGCCGAGCAUGGUGUCUUGGGCACGGUCCGGAAAAGCAUCUCUCGUCCUGGUGAACUUGAUCCCAGCUUGUACUUUCACGUGGUGCCCUAUUCUGACGCUCUGUUACAGGGCCUGGGCGGCAGUUUGCAUGCAGUCCCUGAUCCCAGCAACGUCACUCUGGAUGUAUUUUCCAAGCAGCCUUUCAUCUCCGACCCCGAACUGGAACAAGUUGUAAUCCUCACAAUGAGCGGGAGACACACUUUAAAGAGAGCCGGGCACUUUCUGCGCCAGAUUCUGCGACCCUUCCCUGAGUAUCAGAAAUCAAGCCUGGGCUCACAAGCUCACAGGUUCGAGCUCCUGGGUUUGAAGUGGUUGCCUUGCCUAAGUCGUCUGCAGGCCAAGGAAAUCACUCCGUAUGAGGUGGGAGAUCGGCCGUGGCAGGGAAGCGUGGAGCGGCUGACCUCCAACCCAGCCUUAGUGUGUGCUCUGCGUCGGGUACACGCCUUCGCCACCAUGGAGCUCACCAUCCGGGAACUGGCUCCCACCACAGACAAGAGGGGGCCCCAACUCAUCAUGUCUGCCACCCCUGAAAUUGCCUUCCGUCAGGCAGCCCUAAUAUUUACAGACAAGGAAAUGAUUAACGACCCGGGAAGCCGUUGCAUCAUGAAAUACGUGGCCCCUCCGUGGAUUACCUACAAGUCUGGUGGAGAAGCUCACAGGAGGCAGACAGAGUCGGUAUUCACGUACAUGCUCAUGGGUGAGUCAAUCAAUCUUAUAUUUAAUAGAAAGCUCAGAAAGAGCUUCGGGGUAUCUGCUGUCAAUACUCCCGAAAACCAUUUCAAAAGAAGAAGAUUCAUUUAUUUCGUCUUAAAGUAA